CAGCUACGAACCCACACCGAAGCGCUUCUCGAUGCUUUCCGUGUCGCAGUCGGCAUCGCGGAGGAAUAGCUUUGACGACACUGCCCGACCAGCGUUUGGGGACGACACCCACGACAGCGCGGAGCCCGCAUCACACUUUGCACCUGUCGAUUUCAUUGGUGCCAUCAAGCAGGCCCAACAUUCCCGCGGCAGUGACACAGUAGCGCAAGACGGCGAGAAAGAGAGGGGCAGAAGCAGAAAGAUUGAGGGCGACAGGAGCUCGACCCAGGACCAGCUAGGGGCGAUAAAGGUACCGUCCGCCCGAAGGGAAACCAGCGAAAGCACCCGACAAAAGAUUGCCAUGUGGGAGGAGCGGAGUCGAAGCCAGAGCAAGGGCCGCAGUAAGAGCAGGGUAAGAGACCUAGGUGCUGGGAGCAGGAUAAGCGUCGUCCCCGAGGUGCCCGAGCUGGCAGCUGUCUUGUCGCAGCUGCAAGAAAAAGAAGGGGGCGACAGGCUGAAGGAGCCAGUUGAAGUCGGCACAAAUACAACAAGAGUGGAAGAUGACAGCAGCAAGCCACCCGAAGCUUCCAUCAACAGACCGUACGAGACCCAAAACGAACUCAACAGACACCUUGCUAUCAAUGUCCACGACCAGGCUGUACACCAUUCAUCAGAAUCUGUGUGGGAGGAUAGUUCAAUCGACAACGAAACAAAGUUUCUGCCCGAACCGCUCAAUCGGUCAGAUGCUUCUGAGACGGCCGCUGUCGAGCGAGUUAGGGCAGUAGAAAACUCCAUCAUCCUUUACGGCAAUCGCCAUCUUCAUGACCCGCAAGGUAUUAUAUCCAGGCCGCCGAGUCCGGCUAAGCCCGCAGGGGCGCAUCGGCCUCAAACACCAAUCCGAAUCUCUCCAGAUUUUAUCCCAACACCUGACACUACGCCAGGUCCAACUCGAGCGGGCGAUGUUUUAGAGGAUCAAGACAGAGUAGUUGCAGUUCUGAAGCAAUCUGAGCUUCCCGACUUACGCCGGUCGAACAUCGAAAACACUCAUUUCACCAAGGACGAGCCCGCACAAGACUGGAAAGGAGAUGCCAAAAAGGAGCCCUCAACCCCAAUGUCAAUGCCGUCAACACCAGUCGAUUCGAUUCCGACCCGGAGUUUUGCACUUCCCCUCACCCCGGAAGCUACCCCGGAACAGCCACGAAAGCAUACCCAGCCACCCGCGGAGAUCCCGGCAGCGAGCCCAAAAAGCCCAUUAUCCCCUCAAGAAAUCCCAUACACAGCUCUUGCGCCAGGUCCACGGCGGCUAGAGGACGAGGCCGUACCGGAGGCCGCAGAGCAGUUCCAUCUGCCUUCUGAUCUGCUUAUAGAUGCCGUAGUGGAACAAGGCCGUACCAAAAAAGCCGCACCUGCGCCGGUCCAGCUUUUCGACAAUGCCAGUGCCAAUGACACCAACUCGCAUUACCAUGAGAUUUGGAAGGUGACAGACUACGCGCCGGAGUUCCCUCUGCCAUCAAGACCGUCUACCCGAGGCCCGAGACAGAGUUUGACGGGAAACACCAGGCUCGACGGGACCCCACUCAAAGAACUUCCUCGAAGCCAAUUGUCGGCGGUGGCAACGCCGUACCAGCCGCAGCAGACGCUGGACCGGUACCCGCAUCCACGCGACGAGCCGGGCAGAGCCGGUGUCGGGCAAUGGGCUAUUGAUAUCCCGCCUUCGCCUUCAGCGGCGUACGUGCCUGAGGAGGACGAGGGGCCCCGGCCGACGAAGCCGAGAAGACGAAGCAGGACGCGGCAGAAGCAUGGCGGGGGCAGAUUUACCGAACGCCGCCAACCCGAGCGACACGAAUGGGAUGCGCCUCCCGUCAUCGAGAGGGCGAUCCACGCUGCUUCAGUCAGUAUGAUCCAGGGGCUGACUGUCCCCGUGGUGUUGUAUCGCGGACUGCGGGAUUUGUACUACCCUCCGCCCGGCCGACCUGAUAUCAUCAAGGCCUACCCAGUCAGGAGGCGGCUUCCAGUUCGCAUCUUCUUCCCUACCCUCUACGACCUGACCUCGCCGGCAUUGCUCCCAACCGUCUUCACGAUCCACGGCGGGGGAUUCACCGUUGGCGCGUCGUCCGACGACGACAUAUGGAACCGCAACUUCUGCGACUCGUUCACCUCGCUCGUCAUAUCGCUCAACUACGCCAAGGCGCCCUGGGCAGCGUUCCCCAACCCGCUCUUGGACGCCGAGGCGCUCUACCACGCCGUGCUCAACGACGAGUCGCUGCCCAUCGACCGCAUGCGCACGGCGCUCUGCGGCUUCGACGCCGGCGCUAACCUCGCCCUCGGCCUCUCGCAGCUGCCUAGCGUGCGGACCGGCUGCGACCCCAACGCCAUCCACCCGUCGUACCCCUACUUUGCGCAGCCGCCGCGUUCGAACCCGCCGCCCGCUGCCGUGAUAUCCAUCUGCGGCAUCCUCGACUUCAGCAUGUCGCCGUCGCGCAAGGCCCGCACGCGCCCGUACAAGCGGCAGCUGCGGGGCCCCCGCGGCUGGGGCCCCGGGCUGGACUGGAUGGCGCGCAUGCUGCCGUCGAGCGCGUGGAGCUACAUCCCGUACGGCCACGAGAUCUCGGACCCGCUGCUGUCGCCGGCGUAUGCGUCGCGGGCCGACCUACCGCCUCACGUGUUCGUGGUGGCGGCCGAGCUCGACUGCUUGGCGCACGAGUCGUGGCGGGCCGCGUCGGUGUGGGCCGGGCGCGCCGUGCCGGACACCGACGUCCCCGUGGGGAGGCGGGGCCCGAGCCAGUGGCGCGGGUGCCUGGACGACGGGGCGGGCGACAGCGGUGGAGUCAAGUUUGGCUGGACCGAGACGCACACGGGCGGCGGCAGCACGCGCUGGCUGCUGGUGCCCGACGUCGUGCACGGCUUCGACUCGGUCGCAUGGCGGAACAAGUACCUGUGGGGGGAUGAGGAGGCGCGCAUGGACGCCGAGAUGAAGACGAUUGCGUACCAGCGGGAAGUAGGCGAGUGGCUGUGGACGGCCGUGUGGAGUUGAGUGACGGCGUGUGUAUCUGAUCAUUCCAGCCUCGCCGGCAUUGCAUUUACAAGAAUUUAAAGAUUAUCGAAUCAACAAGGGUUUCACCCAGUUUUGGCGGCUUCAGCCACUGCCAAUGUCUCGUGGUUAAUUGUUCUGUUCUUUUUGAUGCAGGGAGGAACUAGUAGAACUAGCCGAGAUACCUGAGAUAUUGACUAGAAUGUAUACUUCAAUAUACG